UCGUCCGUCGGUUCCCGCCUAGAAAGCAUCUCUUUGCCAUCUUUCUUUACGCAAUAAAAUAACCAUUAAGAUGUUCAAGAUUGCCAUUUGUUUGUUGGCUUUGGCCAGUGGUUGUCUGGCCGCCAGUAUUGGCCAGGUGGAUAGCACCACCGAGAAGAUCGUUAAGCAGAUCAUUCCCGUACUGAAAUUCGAGACGGAAAAGAGUCCCGAUGGCUCCUUCCACUUCAGCUACGAGGGCGCUGAUCAGUCCAUGCGCCAGGAGCAGGGCAAGGUCGAGAAUGCCGGCACCGAGGACGAGGCUUUGGAGGUCUCCGGCAUGUAUAGCUAUAUCGAUGCCGAUGGCAACACCGUGGAAGUUCACUAUACCGCCGGAAAGAACGGUUUCGUGCCCGUGGGCACCAUCAUUCCCAAGGAGAUCACCGAAUUGGCCAGGGCUGCUGCCGAUCUGCCCAAGGUUUCCGCCGAGGAUGAGCUGAAGUUCCGCAAGGCCCGCUCUCAGGAGUUGGAAAAGAAGGAAGACGCUGCUGUGGUGGCCAAGGAAGCGGUGAUGGUGGAGAAAUCCGAGCCUGUGCCCGCCGAAUCCCAGGUGGUGCCCGUCCAGGUGGUCCUCGAUGCCGUGCCAGAGACCGAGGUCAAGACCGAGGUCAAAACCGCCAUCGAAGCCGACGCAAAGGUCGAAACCAAGACUGCCUAAGCUUUCACAUAGACUCUAGACUACCUAAGUAUUGUUUAAUUUAAAUAACGAGUGCGAUCUAAUUUAACUGGCUAGCAAUAAAACGAUUCCCUAUCUGAAAUCCGCAA